AUGCCAUUAGCUACCUCCGAAGCUUCUGGUUCGCCACCAGUCCUAUCUACACUUCCGGCAGCUGCCGAGUAUUCGUUACCAGCUCAAGCUCUAAAUCAAGAUGAAGAGCUGGACUCUACUCCUAGGCCAGAACCCGAGCUGUCCUCUUUACUACCUCCUGGUCCGGCUAUUGGUAGUACCGAUACGACAGCACCCACAAAAUCUACCAGCGAUGGCAAUACCGCAACUCCGAAUCUGGAAACAAAACUACAAUCUGAAGAUCAAGUACAGCCGUUACUGGAUAGGUUGUUGUCGGCAAUUAGUGGUGCAUCAGAAACAACUUUGAUAGCUGGUUUGUCGGUUAUAGCUCUUGUCAUGAGCACGGUAUUUGGGAGGAUCGGCCUGCUUCUGGUGGGCACGUUCUUGGGAGCUAUGCUCCAUGCUGCUCUACAGAAUCAGAAUGGCCUAUUAGACGUUGUCAAGUCAUUGGCUAAAUCUAAAGACUCAAUUCCAACAGAAAGAGAAUCUAGUGAUAAUACCAAAGAACAGAAGGCACAGGAAGAUAAUAUUGUCGCCGACUUUUCGUCUUUGAACCCAAAGGUUGGGAGUGCAUUGGACGAGCUCUGCAAUGCCGUCGUUAAGGACUGUAUCAAUUCAUGGUAUAUGCCACUCAUCCCGGACGACUCAUCUUUUCCUGCAACAUGCCACCACUACCUGGCCCAAACAUUCCUUCGAUUCUCCAAGCAUAUGAACAACAAGCGUCCGGCCGAUGUUUUCUUCUGGUCGGUCAUCAAUAUCUCGGGUACAAUGACAACCUUCAUGCAGGAUCUUUCCCGGGCUUUAAGCGUAAACAGGGAGCUCAAAGCUGGUGUCCAGGCCUAUACCUCAGCAAAUCCGAAGUCAGAUUUGGCCGAAUUGGUACAUCGGGGGCAGCAGGACAAGAAACUCAGAGAACUAUCUUCGGAUAUUCUUCAACAAUUUGCUCCUCGCGAUUUGAAAAGUAGUGAACCCGUGGCAUUGUUUCUCAAGAAUAUCAUCCGGAGCGUUAUUCUUUGGAACAUGGUGGAAAAGUUCAGCGAUCCGGAUUUUAUCAACGAGUGGAUUAUUCAUUUUCUUGAGCAGAAGGAAAGCGCUGGUCCCACCAAGGAAGGUGUUGGUGCAGUACUUCAAGCCUUUGAUAGAAGUGUCGCAGGCGCUGCUCAGGGAAGUUUGCCAAAAGUUUCGACUGUUAUUCCGCAGGAGCCAAAGUCUGCGACUCAAUCUCCGACAGCUAGGAAAGAAAACUCUCGACCAGCCCAGACGCAAACCAAUGGUAGAAACGGCACAAAUAGUAUUAAGAUUACCAACGGCACAAAUGGAGUGAAUAGUACAAACGGUACAAAUGGAACUAAUAGCCCAUCGGCCGAGAGGCCUUUGAGAGUCCUGCCACUCGAAGUUAUUCGAAACGGGAAUAUUUCGAACCGGAGCGAAAAUGAUUUUGAGGGUAGAAAGAGUUUGGAAAUGCGGUCUGCUAGCCAAAAUCAGAGCCCGGUUGAUAGUCCGCCGCGUUCCCCGAUUGAGAUGCCCACCAAGAGGGCAUCUUCAAGUGCUAGCUCCCACGCCAGUGUAUCGGAACUUUCCAUGACACCACAAAAAACUAGCUCCGAAUCGAGUCGCAGCGGGAUCUAUCCGUCUCAGGCCGUUGAACAGACAAAGCCUUCCCCUGGCUUGGAGCUUCUCAAUGGAAGAGUUACGGUAGUAGAUACUGGCCCAACACCCGACCCAACAAGAACUUUGAGAUCAAAGCCUAAGAACCAAUUCAUGAUCCAGCUCGAACCUAUGGCCUCAGCUGGGCGGAUUGUCAUGAGAACUUAUCAGGACUUUGAAAAUCUACAUAAUACUCUUUUUAGUGUUGCGAGGAUUUCGGGUUGUGAGAAGUACAUGAUGGCUUUCUCGGAAGAGGGGCUACCAACUUGGAGGAAUCGAUCUAUAGAUGAAGUGGUUGCUAUGUUGGAAUUCUAUCUUCGAAUGGCACUCAGCGAAGAGCCCCUCGUGAAAACUGAGGCACUUUACAAGUUCUUCGAAAAAGACGAGGAUAAGCGCGAGCGCGAAAAACAGCUUAAGCAGGAGGCACCAGCUACUCCUUGGCGCAGUAGCACCUCUCUCGAAAACAUGGGAAAGAAUCUUCUCGGUACUAUUACGAAAGCUCCACAAUCCGCUAGUGAGGGCGGAAAGGCCUUCUUUGGAGGAAUUAAGAAAGCUCUAACUUCACAGACUUUGGCUCAAUCACCAUCAGACCGAACCGAGAACCGUCCCUUUGGUUUUAUCUCUAACAACGCCUCCCGGGCAGCCUCUCGCGCUCGCUUGAAUGAAGAAAAUCCGGAAGCAAUACUUCCUCCCGAAGACGACUCACUAGCGGAGCCUUUUACCGAAAACCGUGGAAGAUUUAGCAUUCAACUAACCCGCAGAACCACUAAUCCGCCUCUCCCACCACGGAGAUCCGCAAGUGUAGCGGCAAGGUCCUCAAAUCUGUCGACUGUCAACGGAAGCGACGAUGAGGAUACACUAGCGCAAUCCACUCCUUCUCUUCUUGAGAGGGAUCCGGCGCUGGAGUCCGAAAAUAUCACGAUGACGUUUGAAGAACCUCUUCCUCAGGAGUUGGAUGGGAUUUCCCUCCCCCCACCGCCCAGUGAAAUCGACAACUACGACAUGAAGUCCGAGCACGAAGAUCUUGGCUACAUGCCACAUAUCCCACCGGCCGCUGUCUUCGAGGGUAUCACAGAAACUGAGACCCAGUAUGUCUUGGAAAUCAUGUUCUCGAUUAUCAACGAGUUGUAUGGUCUGUCGACUGCCUGGAUGAUUCGUCGCUCCUUCCUCAACAUCGCGAAAUCUGUGAUACUACGACCUGGGAACUCGCAACUUGCCGGCAUGCGCAACAUGAUUCAAUCCGAUGUAUUAGAAGCCAAUACCAAACCAGAGGUAAUCGCGGAUUACAUCCGGCAAGUUCGUAAGAAUGCACUACCAACACCAGUAGAAGCGAAGAAGUGGGAACAGACGAAGAAGCCACGAACCGAUGAAGAGAAGGAAGAGUUAAGGCAGAGAGCGAGGGUUUUGUUGUCCGAGAGUUUGCCGCAGGGACUCACAGCACUAUUGGGAGUGAAUCAAACGAAAGAGGCGAUGUAUCAACUUUUUGAUGCUUUACAAGAGAGAGAUAUUGCGAGGGGAUUGUGGACGGCAAUUCUUUGCGGGACUAUGAAGUUCGUCUGCCAGUAG